CGCCGCAUCUUCAUUCGGUUGCAGCCGUCUGGGCGAGCUGGACCACACUGUCAUCAUCAACCAUCAUGGGUGGACCUGGACCGUCCCGGUGCUGGGUCGGGGUGUGGGCCUGCGUAGCGUGCGUGGCCCUGCUGUGUCCGAGUCUGUCGGCCGAGCCUCAUCUGACCCAACCGGCCGAGCCCGCACACGUGCCGCUGCCCCUGCUCCUGGAGUCCCUGCGCCAAGACGUCCUCCUCGAGGGCGGCGCACCCGGGCGCGCCCCCAGGACGGCCCGGGACGCGGCCGGCGACGACGGCGUCCCCUGGUACUCGCCCUCCACCCGCGCCGGCGACGACACGCUCGCGCAAGAGGAACUUAAUGUGACAUCUGUCUACAAGCGUGAUCCGUUCAAAUUUGGAGCUGGUGUGGGGAAAUGGCAUUCUAUUUCUGCUGGUAGUACAACAUACCUUGUUGGCCUUGGGUCAAAGCACUUUACUUUACUUACUGCGAAAUUUGUUGCUCCUGAUGUUGGUACUGGUCAGACAUUCUCACUGUCAGAGGAAAUAUAUCGUCUUCCAAGUACUCCACUGGCUGCAACUAUCUUUAAACAUUGGAAUGCAGCCACUAAAACAAUGGAUGUUAUCCUGGUUCUCUCUACUGAAAAUGAAGGAAGCUUGAUAUGGUAUCGGAUCAAUUCUCGUGUGGAACAAAUUAGGUCCUGGCCUGUACAGAAAAGAGUUUCUCACUUAAGGGUGUUUCAAAUUAAAGAGCAGAUGAAACUUUUGAUGUUAACAUCCUGUGAAUCCACUUUGGAGUUGGUGCAGUGUGAAGCUAGUGCUGAUGUCUUUGAUUUCAAUCUAGGAAAUUCACUCGAAGCAAGGCUUUCUUGGUCUAUUUCAUUAGAAGCACCAGCGGUUUCUGGAGAUCUUGGUGUAGUUGGUGAUGAAGUAUACCUUGUACUCGCUCUCCCUGACGCUGGUGUUGCCAAAUUAUAUCGGUACCAUUCACCUCUACCCCAGGAUGCUGCAGGGCCUAGCAACCAUACUGCUUAUGGCUCCUUCGAACUCUGGAAGGACCUACCUAGUCCUCAAAUUUCACAUGCAAUCUUUUUUCAUAUCAGUUAUAAAAUGUAUCUCGCUGUAGGUGGUGUCAAUCCAGCCCUGUUUCGUUUUGUAAGCCCAACAAGAAUUGAAGGCUGUCCUAAAGCUCUUAAAAAUCUUGGCUUUGUAUCAGCGUGGCUGGUUUUACCCAUACAAACCUACAGAGAUGAGGUGAUUCUUCUUGCAGAAGUAGUCCAAGGUAGUGGCACCCACUACUCCAAAAAAGUGGUGACUUUAACUUGGUCCUCUGCAGGUGUUUUCAAUUGGCAGGAUUACCCCUGUUUUGUUUCUGGACAUUUAUCAACUUUUAGAGGUGCAUCAUGUAUCAUAGCAGAAAGCAGUGAACUGGGUUUAGCUGAAGCUGUAGCUCUUCAAUUGGGGGACGCAUCAGUUGUUUCUGUUCUAGUACCCCAAGGUUCUCUGCAUUCUACAUUGUUUGAUUUUCAAACACAACUUCAGCCAAAUGCAAAUCCUUUGUUAUCUGAAAUUCUGAUUUUGAAGGAAGCUCAAGCAAAACUAACGGAGGAGUUGACAAGGCAAAGACAGGAAUGGGAAGCAACAGAGAGGCUUUUAAGCGACACCUUAAAUCCAAGUGGUCAUAAUGUGAUAAAGGCAGAUUGGGUCAUACAGGAAAUACAGCCUGAAGAAUUUGUGAACGUAGAAACAAGCAGGACCGAGACACUGCAACCUACUGAAGAUCUUAGUAAGCUGAAAAGUCUCAUGACAGAGUUAGAGGCGUUGACUAAAAGUUUGUCGCUUUCAUUGUCUGAUGCUGCGGUGCCUGAAAAUGGCGAAGUGCAUCUGUCCGGGCACCAUCAACUUCUUGGUGGUCUGGAGGUUCAAGGACCUGCCUCCUUUGAUUCUUUGACUGUUAGCUGGUUGAAUGAAGAGAGUGUCCCUACACUCCUGAAAGAUACUGUGAGAAUUGACCAACUAGAGAAAGGAACAAUCAGCGGUACAAAAACCUUGUCUGCCUUGGAAGUAUCUGAUGUUAUGUUUGACAUCGUCAAUGAUGUUCAAAGAGAUGAUUUAAUCUUCAAUGUACCUGGCAAAACAGUCAGGGUGAACGGUGUUCUAGAAGUGACAGAGAUUCUCCAAGUUCAGAAUGAUAUUGAUUUGCCUCCCCAGGGAACUGUUGGUGGUGUGGAUUUAUCUGAGGAGGUAUUGAUAGCAGGAAGACAGUUUCCAGGAAUUGUUCAGUUUGAUGAAGUAACAGUGGAAGGAGACUUGACGGUGAAUGUGAUAAACACAGUAGAUAUGAACCCUCACAACUUGAAGUCUAUUGUUAAUGGGUCACAAAUCUUGAAGACUUUUGACAUGCUAGAUGUUGGAGGCCAGCUAAGUGUUGAAAGGAUUAAUGGAUUUCUUUGGAGUAACAUUGUCGAAAGAAUUGUUUGGAGGGAUCAGCCAGCUGUAGUUACAGGACUUACGGAGAUAGAUGGGGUGUUGACUGCAGAUAGUAUGAAAAUUGAACAGCUGAAUGGAUUGAAUUUCCCUGACGACUUUGUUCUGAAGAAUGCCAAUAAGAGCCAGUUAAUAACUGCCUCAAAGAAGUUUAAUGAUAAAUUGAUGGUCGGCACAGUUGAUUUUGCUAAAACUAUUGAUGGUGUUCCUGUAAAUGCUCUAGUGACUAAAACAACCGAUCAGUAUCUCAAUGGGGAAUUAAAACUUGCAGAAGCUGAUAUCAUUGGUGAUAUAAAGGUUGAUGGGGCUGUUAAUGGCAUAAGGCUGAAUAGGCAGAAGAGCCCUCCUCUCGGUCCCAAUGUUGUAGUAUCAUCAAAUGUCCAGUUUACAAACUUGACCGUUGAUGGCACAAUUCAGAUUAUCAACACUUUGAAUGAGCAAAUCUUUAAAGACGUUGUUCAAGACAUAUUAGUUGUCCCACCCACCUCCCAUGGUCAAGUAUUUUUGGAUGGAAAGAAAACUCUUCUUGGUUCAUUGAAAGUUGAUAAUGUCAUGGUUUCUUCAGGCUUAGUAAAUGGUAGGAAAAUAGCAGAUAUUGCUAGAAUUGAUUCUCCUCAAACAUUCCAUGGAGGUAAGACAAUUCAGAAAGCAGUCUUUAACAACCUUCAAGUGACGGGACUCGUGGAUGGUGUGGAUGUGGUAGAGUUGAAUGCUGAAGCCGUACGGUUGACGGGUGUCCAGGACACCCUAAGCCACCUCACAUUCACCGAAUCAUCUAAGAUAUUCGCUGCUGAACUGAUAAUUUCAGAACAGCUUGGUAAUACUCCUGUAACAGAUACUAUCCUACCCACCUCAGAAGAUAUGUGUGGGCCAAGGUCAACUAAUUUGACAUGCUACAUUAAGGGACCAGUCAUUACAGAUGUUAUGAGAGUUGCUGGCAAUGUGAUUGGAGAUAAGAUUUGUGGAUGGAACUUGAUAGAUUUUGAAAACAGGCGCAUGAGUCAAUCUCGGCCUCAAACUAUUUUGGGUGGAUAUACAUUUGGUGAUGUCACGGUUACCAAACAUAUUAAUGUCAGUUACAUAAAUGGUGUGCCAGUUCAUACUCUAGCAAGGGAAACAGCUCCUCCUCCUCCUCCUGUGUACGAAGACCUUGCAAAACUUUUGAUCGAUGGAGGGUUCACCAUUGAUGAACUUGUUAUUGAGGGACAUAUUGAAACACUUGCUGGAGUGAAUACAUUCAAUCUAACCAGAAUUGCAGAAAAGGCUAUAAAGCUGAAUGGCAGUAAUACUAUUUCUGGCUCUCUUUCUUUUGAGGAUAUUGUAACAGUAAGCUCUCUGGAUGUGACUGGCCCUGUUGAUGGUCACAAUCUCGCAUUUGAAAUUGAGGAUGCUGUGAUUAAGAACCUGGGACCAAUUAGCUUCAGCGGGAGAAAAACAUUUGCUGAAGGUUUUAUCGUAGAUGAAAAUAUUAAGACCGGUACACUUAAUGGUUUAACUCCAUCGUCAAUUCUUACCAAAACAACUCCCGCAAUCAUUCACGGCACAUUAAAAGUAAAUGGAAACGUGUAUGCUGGAAAUAUUAAUUUGACUGGUCUUCUCAAUAACAUUCCCGUGACAAACUUUCAAAACCGUUAUAAGCUUGUGGCCGAAAAUCGCCAUUUAUUAAUUGGUAAUGCCCACUUUGAGAAAGGUGUAUCUGUGGAUGAUUUAUCAGUAAUGCAAUCUGUAAAGAACAUCAAUCUAGAAGACUUCUUUAAAUCUGUUGUCUAUAAAGCUGAACCUACACGGAUUACAGGAUUCAAGGUGUUUGUAAACCAGGUUGUCUUUGAAAAUGUUAAUGUGAGAGGUAGAGUUAACAAUCUCACUCUCGGCGAAAUGGCUAAGGACAUUGUUCUUCAUAAUGAUGAUAACCCUGUUACUAUUAACGGUCGGAUAAGAUUUGAAGACAGCCUCACUGUUACCAAUGGAGUAUCCAUCUCUAAAAAUCUGCAAGCAAUGGAGUUGGAUUCAUGCUUGGUAAAGGAAUGGCUUGAUAAUGCAAUUUACUUGUCUCAGUCAACGCAAAUUUUUGGUCUCAAGCAAUUUAAGUCAGUUGGGUCAAACUCUGAUUUAAAAAUUUCUGUUUUGAAUGCUGUGGAUCUAUCCAAGGUAAUUACACUCAACACUCCUCAAGACAUACCAGCAGAUCUGAAUAUUAUUGCUGCAGCAGUGGAGCGUGACUUGAAUGUUGCUAGAACAGUAAACGGGAAAAUCCUUCAGACCGAGUAUGAUAAUACGUUGAUGAUUGGAGGAAACCAGAGAGUAACUGGGUCCAAAUCUUUCCUCAAAGGUUUCACAGUUCAAAAUAAUGUUUUAACUGGAAGUUUGAUCAGUGAAAGGAACAUUUCUAACAGUGUUACUCUAAAUGAUGACGAAACCGUAAAUGGUCCUCUGCAAUUUUCAAACAUGGUAAUCGAUCAGGACCUAAGAGUGACUGGGCUUGUCUCCAAUCUGGAUGUACAGAAAUGGCAUGAAAGAGCUUUACUAAAGAAGUCUCCACUCCCUCAAAUUGUCACUGCUUUUUAUGAUGUGCAGGGCAAGAUCAAGUGCAUGGAAGCUGUUGGAGGAAAUGGUCUUUUGGGUGGAGAGAGUGUUUCUGAGUUGGUCGAUUCAGCUUACAGGAGGAGGGAGUUAACAAGAAAAACUCAAGAUGACAUUAAGGUUGAGUGGAGCCAAUUGUGCCAUGACACUGAUGCUCUGUUGGACAAAGCAAGGGCCCAACCUUUCUUAUUUAGACAGUUGGAGGUUGUCCAGUCAAUUGUAUCCAGUCAGUCCAUUGCCAGUAUGCAUGCCUUUGAGGCACUUGAUCAGCAAUUCCUAGCUGUAAGUUACUCCAACAAUUGUUCUGGAGCAAUGUACCGUUGGAAUAGAGGAAAUACAGCGUGGGAUCUGGUUGAUGGAGCUGUUGAGAACAUUGGUAGUGUGGAAAAAUGGGCUACACUCCGAAAUGCAGGGUCUACAUAUCUUGUUACCUCAGGUGGCAAUCAAGGCUGUCCAUACCAAGGUGGAAAUAUUUGGCAAAUUGAAUCUUCUUUCAGGCCAAGGAAUGUUCAAAGCAUGGAUGCAUGGCAAGAUGCUGAAAUUGAUGAGAGCGUGGGACACAUUCAUUUGCUGCGUCAAUCUGGAGUUGAUCAAUGGCGCUUGGCAGAUGGAGUGGCCUCUAAAGUUAAAUCCUGGCCGUUACCUGAAACAGGUGCACCUUCUCAUUUUGUCCCACGUUCUUCUGGUCUUGGUCUUUCAAUCAGUGUUGGUGAAAAUGUGACUGUUCUGGAAGAACCUGGAGAGAACAUUACUACUAGAAUGGUUUCACGGGCUUCAAAUUCUUAUUUGCCGUUUGGAAAUUCUGUAACAAUGAAAAUAGCAGACGGUCGCAAACUUGUGGUGGUUACUGCAGAAGGUUCAGAUUUGCUUGUGGUUUAUGAAGAUCUAGUAACUGCAAACCCUCUUGCAAGGGUUAAAGUUCAUGGAGCCCAUUCAUUGAGCGUGCUGGAACUUACAGCACCAGGUCGCAACGGACAGACAUUGCUUGCUUUCAUUGAAAAUGAGAAGUUUUUAAGGGUUGUAGAGUACAAAGGUGUGGAGGGAUUUGUCGAUGUAACUGGAGCAAAACUACCAUUUGCUGUGAAGGAAAUGAUCCCUGUUCGUCUCAACGCCCGGGCAUUUGUCAACCAGCGUCACUUCCUUUUACUCCGAACUGAUCACCAGGUCUUGUUACUUGAAGUUGAAAUGUCAGGUGACCCACUGGAUGAACCUGCUUUGAAUUGUAGUCUUCCAUAGUUUUGAUCUUGUACCUUUUACUAUACACGCUGCAGUUAAAAUGGCAAUGUGCAUCAGUACCUCCAGGUUCUACUUCUGUGCAUUUUUAUUGGAUUUUCUGUGAAGAGUUCACUUUUUAGAAACAGUAUUUUUGUAUAUUUUAAAAGUGAAACCAUUGUUACCUUUGUGGAUAAAGUGCUUCUAGUCCAAUUUUAUAAAUUGUUUGAAAUAAAUACAUAAAAUGAA